AUGGUCCAGAAAGAUGUGCAGAUCCUGCUCCCGGCCAGCCUCACCUCACGGCAGCGUGCACUGCUCCACGAAGUCGCCGAGGAAUGCGGCUUGGCGCAUAGCAGCACCGGCGAAGGCAGCCAGCGGCGGCUGAUCCUCGGGGACGCAGAGGUGACGCGAGACUGCGUCAGCGACGGGGAUGGGCCAAUUGCCGACGAUGCUCUGGCAGCCCUGCUGGAGCAGCACCUGGGUGCCGCUGUCCGGACGGCCUUCCAGGGAAGCGCGGCACAGGCGACCACUGCCGGGCCCGGGACACAUGGCAUCCAAGCUCGGCCAGGCAAGGGCGGGAACAAGGCGCAGGUGUCCGGCCCCAGCUCAGGGGAGCGGUCCGCCAACUGCGGCGACGUCCCUGGCUUUGCCGCUCGAAUGCAGUCCCUGCUGGACCUUGAGCAGGCCGCGGAAGUUUCCGCGGCAGAGGCCGCUCUGGAUGGGGGCGGGGGCCGGGGGCUCGUGCUCCCAAACCUGAGGCUGACGGGGGUGGAAGCGGGGCUGCUGGGACGCAGCCUGCUCACCCUGGUCCACAACAAGGGCACGCCGCCAGGCCCCCUGCCAGUCCACAAGUUUGGACCCCAUGACAUUGUGCGCCUGCGCGCCAGCAAGGCCGCUGCCGGCGCCCCCGUACUCGCGGAGGGGGUGGUGUACCGUCUGCGGGACGACUCCAUAGUUAUAGCGGUGGAUGACACUCCUGAGGACGGACUGGACGUGCCCUUGAGGCUGGAAAAGCUGGUCAACACCGUGACCCACACGCGUAUGAAGGCCGCCUUGAAUACGCUGGCCUCCGCCUCGGAGCACGGGAGCUCCCCUCUCAUCGACGUGUGCUUCGGCCGGCGGCCGGCCGCACCCGCCACCCCCCUCGGCCCCGUCCAAUGGACCAAUGCGAGCCUGGACGAGACGCAGAGGGAGGCCGUGUGCGCCGCGCUUUCCUGCCCAGACCUUGCCCUCAUCCACGGCCCGCCGGGCACGGGCAAGACAACCGCGGUGGUCGAGGCCAUCGUCCAGGUGCUGGAUGUAUCGCUGGAGGCCAAGGUGCUGCGGAGUGACAACUCGGCCCUGGCCAAGGACUGCAGGAAGGAGAUGAAGGCGCUGAAUGCUCAGCUGCUCAAGCUGCAAGGGCGGCGGGAGGGCGCCGCGCGGCGCGGCGUGCGGAGCGAGCUCCGCCUCCUGGCCAAGGAAGAGCGCAAGCGCCAGGAGCGGGCGGUGGCAGAGGUGCUGGCCGCGACCCGGGUCGUCUGCUGCACCCUCGCCGGGGUGGACGCGCGCCAGCUCCGGGACCUGCCGGACUUCGACCUGGUGGUUGUGGACGAGGCGGCGCAGGCGCUGGAGCCCGCAUGCUGGUCCGCGCUGCUGCGAGGAAAGCGCGGCCUGCUGGCGGGGGACCACCUCCAGCUGCCGCCCACGGUGGGCAUGGCGCCAAAAGGACCACGCAGCGUCAUGCUGACUCAGCAGUACCGCAUGCACACCGACAUCAUGGACUGGUGCAGCGUCGCGCUGUAUGGCGGCCGCCUGGUCGCCGCGCCGGCCGUCGCGGCGCACACCCUGGCCGACCUGCCGGGUGUGCAUGGGGAUGACUCCGCGCUGUGUGCCGCCCUGCUCUUCAUCGACACCGCGGGCUGUGACUGCCCCGAGGCCGUGGAGCGGGAGGGCGGGUCCACCUACAACCCUCGCGAGGCGGCGGCAGCCAUGGCCCACGUGGCGCGCCUGCUGGCCGCCGGGGUGCGGCCCGAGGACGUGGGCGUGAUCACGCCCUACGCCGCGCAGGUCGCGCGCCUGCGGGAGCUGCGGCCGCCGGAGCUGGCCGCGCGCCUGGAGAUCUCCACCGUGGACGGGUUCCAGGGGCGGGAGAAGGAGGCGGUGGUCAUCUCCUGCGUGCGCAGCAGCGGCGGCGAGGCGGGCGGCGCGGGCGUCGGCUUCCUGGCCGACGCGCGGCGCAUGAACGUGGCGGUGACGCGCGCACGGCGCCACUGCGCGCUCGUCGGCGACGGCGACACCCUGGCCGGCGACGCUUUCCUCGCGGGGCUGGUGGACCACGCGUCGGCACGGGGCGAGUACGAGAGCGCCGCAGACUUGCUGGAGGGCUGA